UCUUCUCUCUCCAAAGUCCAACCAACAAUAAACAACCUCUCCCCCUAUCUCUCUCUUCUCUCUCUCUCUAAAAAUCAGCUAUCAGAUUUUCGCGAAACACGAAGCAAAAUCAAAAUCAAAAAAUAAACUCCGAAACACAAAAACAAAUACUGGGCAGAGAAUAAUACAUCACCGAAACGGAUAGGGUUUCAAAUCCUCCCCCAAUCAUAAUUUCCUUUCCCUCAAUCUCCCAAUUCCACCGGGAGAUUGAUUUCCCCUUCAGAUCAGAAUUUGUUGCAGAGAAACACCUUUGCCUUUCCGGAGAAUAUCAUUCUCACUAUUAGCGGCCUCCCGGGAAAAUUCCAGGGAAUUUGGGCGAUUGAAUUACUUAUAUCCGGAACCAUUGGUUUCUUAUGUCUAGAUUGAGGAAUAGAGGGGAAAAUUCAUGCAUAAUUUGAAGGGAAGUUUAUUAAUAUAUAUACGGGUGGAGGAGUUGGAGCUUUUGAAUUCUGAAUUUAUUGAGAAUUUUAUUUUAUAGUUCUUCGUGUUAAAAACAUUGAUAGUUGGGGUAAAAUUGUGAGUUUCUGGGUCUUGAGUUGCGUUGGAUGUGUAUUGACUGAUCCAUGGAGCUAGAUGAUUCGCUCCAAUCGAUGAGCCAUGUCCAGUGUUGUGACUGUGGGUGCAGCUGUUCAAUGACGAACACGGCCUCAUCUGAGGCGUGUCUCCGGUCUGUCAAGCGUAAAUAUGAUGAUGUCAAGGAAGAAAACAAAUUUACUGUCCCGGGACUUGUUGUACCGCAAAAUGCCCGCGUGGAGGUAGAAAAUGAAUGUAUGGCACUGCGUGAAACAGUCAGCAGUCAGCAGCAGACUAUCCAGGAUCUCAUUAUGGAAUUGGAAGAGGAGAGAAAUGCAUCUUCUUCUGCUGCAAACGAGGCCAUGUCUAUGAUUCUGAGGCUGCAGAGGGAGAAGGCAGAGGUUCAUAUGGAGGCAAGGCAGUUUAAGAGGUUUGCGGAGGGGAAAAUGGCGCAUGAUCAGCAAGAGGCAUUGGCACUAGAGGAUUUGUUGUAUAAGAGGGAACAGACCAUUCAUUCUCUUACCUGUGAGGUUCAGGCCUAUAAACACAGGAUGAUGAGUUUUGGUCUCACGGAGUCCGAAGCCGAUGGAGAAAAGGUCGCAAGCCAAAACACAAGCAUGACAGAGAAUCUUGAAGGACAAUAUGAGUUUCCUGCAUAUGAGAUGUACCCGCCUCUCAAAUGCAAUAUAAAUGAAUCCCAGGCAUAUCCAGAUGGGGAUGAUGAAACUGCCGACAUUGAGAAAUAUCCAUUUGGGGAAACCCCACGUUCUCGGUAUGAGCUGAAGGAUUUCGAGUACAGGCUCAAUGAAUUGGAGCAAAGUCCUAGAACCAUUGAGCCUGAUUUGGAAUACUUUGGCACGAAAAAUAUGCUUGAAAAGGUAACUGUUGGUCAAUCUCCAAGGCGGCCUAAGCAUCUUAGGAAGUUAUCUACUGAUAGCUCAAAUUCACAAUUUUCAAUGAUUAAAGAAAUGGGUCAAGAUUUUGCCACAGAUUCCCCAAAAUGUGGUGGCAGUUUCAAGAAGACAGUAUUUUCCCAUUUGGAUUUGAACCCUAAUUUCAGGAAAGUGGACAAUGCAUCUGAAGUUGGAGAUGACGUAAAUGACAGAGUUUACACAAUAGAUUCCAUUCAUCAAGGAUCUGCAGUUAAUGGUGUCAUGGAUCAUAAGGCUUCUGUUGGCUCCUUAUAUGAUGACUAUACAAAAAGUCCUAGGGAGUCACUAGAACAUUCUGAUGUUAUGGACCUAGAGAUGCAGAAGCUGUAUGCAAGGCUUCAGGCUCUUGAAGCUGAUAGAGAAUCAAUGAGGCAGGCUCUUAUAUCUGUUGGGACUGAUAAAGCACAACUGGUAUUGUUGAAAGAGAUAGCUGAGAACUUGUGCAAAGAAAUGGCACCAGCAAAACCAAUGCCUAUCCAGAAGAAGCCAGCAACUAAGAGUUUAAGCUUCAUUUCCUUAUUCAAGUGGGUUGUAUCUUUUGUUUUCUGGAGAAGGAAAGCACGCAGAAGCAGGUACAUGUUUGGGAAGUCUGCCAAAAAUGAGGGUUUGCUAAUGCUUUUAGACCGAGGUCCUCGUGUCGGACAGCGCAGGGUUGUGUCAACAGUAAACCUACGAAACUGAGACUGAUUGGUCUUUGUUCCAUAUCCCUGAAGCCUGUUAUCACCUGUUUGGAUGCUGAGUGGUUUAAAGCUUUUCUGGUGUUUGGAUUGUGCGUGAAGGUUUUUCUUGUGGAUAUCUUGCUAAGGGGAUUGGUCGCGUUACUUCAACUGUGGCAUAGCAUACAUCUAGAACACAUCCAUUUGUCGAUAUAGGAGAUAUUAUAUUCUUUUCGGUUUAUCAGCCAAUUUGGGAAUUGGGUUUGUGCAAAUUUAGUCCUAAAUGUGCCCCUCUUAGAUAGUUCUCUGCUGUAUAUUGCCAAUGUCUCUUGUGGUUUUCUUUUCCUUUUACUUCACACGUUAAUGUUGAUUUGUUAUUUUUCUUGUA